AUGGACAAAGGCAAAGAAAAGGAAUUUAUCAUUGAUUUGAACGAUGAAGACUUUGAUUACCAAUAUGAUAGCAUUGUUAAAACUGAGUCUGAUGAAGAGGCCAUUCUAGUUUCGGACAAUAUUUUUAAUGAUUUAACUGUUGAAGAUAUAUGGAAGAUGGAGUUUAGCUCAGUAGAUGAGGCAGAAGAAUUUUAUAAUUUAUUUGCUAAAGUUACCGGAUUCAGUGUUAGAAAGGAUGAUGUGGAUAUAAUAAUGUUGGCUUCACAAAAAAAAGAUCUAUAUAACCAUGUUGAUGCUGAUCGUAGAGUUCAUCUAAGAGAUGGUGAUGCAGAGGGUGCUUUGGCUUAUUUGUGUGGAAAGUCUGAAAUGGAUCCAUCAUUUUAUUACAAGUACAAUGUUGAUGAAGACAACCAUCUAGCAAACCUGUUUUGGGCAGAUUCUACUAGUAAAUUGGAUUACAGUUGUUUUGGAGAUGUAUUAGCAUUUGAUACAACUUAUCGGACUAAUGCUUAUAAAAAACCGUUGGUCAUAUUAGUUGGCAUUAACCAUCACCAUCAAACUAUAGUGUUUGGAUCUGCAUUAUUGGUAGAUGAGAGUGUUAGCACUUAUACUUGGGUCUUGGAGACUUUUUUGGACGCAAUGAAUAACAAGAAGCCUCUUUCUGUUAUUACUGAUGGGGAUAAAGCAAUGCGUAAAGCCAUCAAGAGGAUAUUUCCAGACUCUUGUCAUCGAUUAUGUGCUUGGCAUAUUCAACGCAAUGCAUUCACUAAUGUCCAUGUCAAAGAUUUUACUAAUCAUUUUUCUAAGUGCAUGUUCAUGGAAGGCACCGUUGAAGAAUUUGAAUGUGCAUGGAAUGACAUGUUGGAAAUGUUUAAUCUUCAUGGACAUAAGUGGGUGACAGAUAUAUAUGCUAAGCGUUCUAGAUGGGCGGAGGCUUAUUUAAGGGGGCAUUUCUUUGCUGAGCACUCUCACAUAUUCGUCAUAAUGAGGCAAAGGCAGAGUUUGAGACACACCAUUCUUCAGCUGUUCUAA